CUGGACUGGAGAAUCUGGAAGUUUUGGAUGUAAGUGGCAAUGAUUUAAGUAUUAUUAAUGAAACGAUUAUGGAUACAUUCCCUAAUCUGACCCAUCUUUACAUCAGUAACUCUUUUAUAACCAAUGAUUUUAUUAUCCGAAACGGUACCCGAUUUCUUAGACCUUUGGAAAAAUUGGAACUCUUAGACAUAUCUAAUAAUGGCCUUGUGAUUUUACCAAAAGAUAUAUUUAAUUCCCGGGUUACGUUAAAAACCAUUAAUUUAUCGGGUAAUAAGCUGGUGGCCAUUCCAGAUCUGCUUCUCCUGGUAAAGCUCGAAUCCAUGUAUCUUAAUCAGAAUUCCUUAACUACGAUACCCAGGCAAAACAGACAUAUGUUGGAUAAAACAACCGCGGUAAACACCAAACUUCAUUUAUAUAUGAUGGGAAACACAUUUAUUUGUACCUGUGAUUCGAUUUCAUUUUUGCUGUGGUUAGGCGAAACGAAAGUGAAACUAGACGGAAGGAAUUAUUCGUGUUUGGAAUCCACAGGACAGAUGACCUUUACCAACGCUGUUUAUAAAAGAUGGCCGUCAUUUCAUAGGCAGUGCAUUUCACCAUUAUUGCUGAAUUAUACUAUUGGCGGAUUAAGCAUCGCAAUCGUUAGUCUCAUCACAGCUUUUGUUUUCGUCAAAAACAAGAUGAAGCUAAUGUUGAUUCUUCUAAGGAUGGUUGGGCAACAUAUUUAUCCCAGGAAAAGGGGAGACUUUGUGUACGACGCGUUUAUAAUCUACACGGAUUCUAUCUCAUGUUGGGUUUGCAAUCAACUAAGAACUGAACUGGAAACGAAUCGUGGAAUCGAACUGAACCUGCGGGAUAGAGAUCACAUACCCGGUGGUUCUAUGGCUGAUGACCUGCUGGAAGCGAUGAGACACAGUUGGAAGAUCGUUUUGAUUCUAACAGAAGAUUUCUUAAGGAGUAACCUGGCUUAUUUCACCAUGUGCAAUUGCUUAUCAUCGAUUACCCUAACGACACCACAUCGAUUAAUCAUAAUAAUCGAUCAUCAGAUGAAUAUACCCACCAAUAUCGAUUUCUUACUGGAAGCUGUUUCUGAAGAUAACAUUCUCUAUGUUAAUCUGCAGAAUGGAUUAACUGAUGAAUUUUGGGAAAAAUUAGCUAAGAACAUCAAAUCUAAAGAAAACGUGGCUUGAUAGCCGUUAUAAAUGCUUAAUUGUGCGAAAAAUAAAAUUGAUCCCCGAGAGGCCAUGGAAUUCUAAGAACCUUCAGUUCACAAAUAUACGCCGAGCCUUGUGAAACGUGUUGCCAUAACCAUUCAUGGUUCAGUUAGCGCGGACA